UUGGUGGCAGCACUAGCCCUAGGCCUGUACACACAGUGGCAGUACAGUCAGAAUACUGUCGUGCUUGUUGUUGCCAUCCUUGGACUCUUUGUGUUUGGAUUGUCCUGUGCAUGUCAGUAUUACUUCAAUUAUGAAUCACUUGGACGUGCCAUCUUACAUAUAUGGCUAGGCUGUAUCUUAGGUGUGAUUGUCUUCUCUACCGAACAAAAGGAAAUUGAGUACAUUGUUACACAGGAGGUGAUGAAUAUUCUGUUCUUGACCAGCCUCACUGUUUCCUGCUUCUGGGUGAUCACUCAACGAGCUAUGAGGCUAAUUAAACAUGAGGCAAAGCUUUGCGAGUCAACAGAAUUAUUAGAGUGCUUAGGUUUAUCAGUAGCAACACUCCUCACAGGACAACAUGCCAUCCCUAUCGCCAUUUUUAUCGUUUCUGUCAUCUGUCAUUUGAUGGCCAUACGACUUAAGUCCAUAUUUGGACUAGCUAGCUUUAUAGGAAUGAUUGUGGUAGCUAUGGUGUUUUUCUGGGAUGCGAAGCUCGAUGUAAAUGUAUAUGGUCUGAUAUGCUUUGUUGGUCGACAGGCAUGUGCACCCAUUGUAGACCUUUAUUUCUCAGAUCUGACAACACUGGAGCGAUGGCAGACAUUCUUUAAUUACUCAAGAUUAUUUAGACAUCUUUCUGUAUUUUUUAUGUUUAUUAUCAAUGUAACACUUGCAGCAUUUAUAGGAAAACAGAUAACUUCGCAUAAGGAGUGGUACGUUGUGGUACCAAUAUUUGCCGUUUUUUCAUUGAUCUGGCUGUGUUUCCAUGUCAUUUACAUCAUAUCCUGCUGGAAACUAAUGAGUAAGGUCACAGAAUGCAACAACGUGUACAAAAGUAUGUCAGAUGAACGUCGGAGUCUCAACAGGAUAAUGUCCUCUAAAGGGGUUCGUCACUUCAGCCUUGUGUCGGUCCGUCUGAUCUGUGUUACCAUGGUUACGACCCUAGUGUUGCUAGGCCUUGGAUGGACA